AUGACAAAUGAAGCAGUAAGAAAGAGGACUCCUUGGUGGGAGAUUCUUCUGUUUGGACCUACGGGAACAGGGAAGUCCUACCUGGCUAAGGCAGUCGCCACAGAAGCAAACAACUCCACCUUCUUGUCCAUCUCUUCCUCCGACCUCGUGUCCAAGUGGCUCGGGGAGAGUGAAAAGUUGGUAAAGAGUCUGUUCAGUAUGGCCCGAGAACACAAACCGUCAAUCAUUUUCAUCGAUGAGAUCGAUUCUCUCUGUGGCUCUUGGAGCGAGAAUGACAGCGAGGCAGCACGAAGGAUCAAGACUGAGUUCUUGGUGCAGAUGCAGGGUGUCGGGAACGAUAAUGAGGGAAUCCUCGUGCUGGGAGCCACAAAUAUACCAUGGACACUUGAUUCUGCCAUCAGGAGAAGCCAGAGAAAGUCCUUCUCCUAUGAUAACUAUCACGAUGUGCCUGAUGUGCCAAAACAUGCAGACGACAUGCUGAGAUCGCAGACCAAGACCAAACCCACAGUGAACGACGAUGAUUUGGAGAAACUGAGAAAGUUUACUGAAGAUUUUGGUCAGGAAGGUUGAAAACAUUCGAUCACUCAAAGCUCAUGGAAUGAGGACUGUAACUUAUGAUGUCUUUCACUGUCAUGUUUUCUCUCAUUUGAUUAAUCUUGAUUUCUCUCUCCUUUAAAAGUCAAAAAUGAUUUAAAAAAUACCCAUGAAAAGUUACCGGAACAUAAAGCAAAGAUAAGAAUUUGUGUUACAAAUGAAAAGCAAGUUAAUAGCAC